GCAACAACUGACCAAUCACGUUGCGUCUUCACCAACACAAACGUCUUCAGAAACUCUACUUAAAACGUUACCAAAUUAAAAGCGAAAUAUGAACCUGUAAACAGUAAAAACUUUGCCAGCACACACUUGGUGGUAAAACAACGGGGACUAUGCUUAAGUUUUGUGCCUAUGUGUAGUGACUACACCGAGAGGGGAGAGAAGAAGUGUUAGCCGAUCUAUGUUUAUGCGACGCUAGCUCCAUUAUCUGUUUACUAUUGGCGUUUACAGUAGCUGUUCGCUUUAUGCGUAUUUUUAUGACAACGACAUUGCGUACAUCGACGCACAUGACACCACGAUGGAAGUGGCAACUAAAGGCAAAGCGAAGAGGAAGCAUUUAAAUAAAGAGGCGUGUAAUGAAUUGGGGAGCACUUCGCGGGGAGCUGACGCCCUCACACAGCCGCCCAGGGUGAAACAGGGGUGGAGCACGCGGGACCCCAACAGGGGCCUUUACCCCAGGAAGCGACAGAAGUGGGGAAGUCCUGCUGCAAAACAGAGUCACAUUAAUGACUUCUUCAGUGUUACCUCCAGUCCAAACAAACCCGCGCGAGCCUCUCUCUCCACACAUGCAAAUAAGUUUAUUGAAGAGGUAUCUCAAAAAGUUGUUGUUGUUGAUGAUGAUGAUGAUGAUGAUGACGACGACGACGACGAUGUUAGUCUCCUAGCUGCCCCCUUGAUGCAAGAGUGUGGAGCAAAUGAGGAGGAAGAAGAAGAAUCUGAUGAUGUAAGCCUGUUGGCUGCUGAGGUGAUGCCUGUGCCUCAGAUGGAGGACAAAAUUAACUAUUUGGAGGGGGUUACAUCUGAAAUGUUUAGAGACGAUGAAUUUGACCAUUUUAACAUUGGAAGUCAAAAGAUUGAAGAGGAGGUGGAGGCCCUCCCUGAUGCCCACUAUGGGCUCCUGGGCAACAGCAGGGUAUUGCUAAAGCCCCAAGGAUGCAUAGAUGACCUACCUGAAGAGGUGCUGAGGCAGAUACUGAGCCUCCUGCCUGCCUCUGACCUAUACUGCAAUGGCGUUCUUGUCUGCCAUCGCUGGAGGAACAUCAUACAGGAUGCCAAGUUUGUGCCCUUCAAGAAACAGUAUUACCGCUAUGUCAUGAAUGAGAAGGACACAGUGCUGGACAUCUUCUCAAGGUUACAGAACGGCAGAGUAAUAGCUCCUGCAUUGUCACAGUACAGCAUAAGGAACCUUGUUGUUUUAAUGUCUCAGCAUAAGAUCGGAGAGCGGGUCAGAUCGGAGGAUGUGCUGCAGUGUGUCAAGAAACAUCGUCUGUACCCUCACGCUGAGGCUGCUAUCAGAUUACAUAUUCCUGAUAUUCAAAAGUGCAUUAAUCCCGAAAUCGAGGGUCCCAAUCCCUAUGCGGCCAUGGCUGUCAUACUGAUCUUAAAUGAGAGCGUUGGCGAUGUGCAGGAUUUGGUGUUUCUGCUCACCAAAAGCUUGUCACAUACCGCCAUCACGGAGUACCUUAACCACAUGGCCACAAUGCUGCUUGCUUUGAACCGACACAACAUCUCAAUUAGUAACCGGGUGCACUACAACAUCUAUUACGUGCUUCAUCUGAUGGAGAAUGGCCCAUUUUCAGUCAGCUCCAGUGAGAGCGGGCUGCACCAGAUUAAGCUCACAGGUGAACAGCAGCGCAUUCUCAGCCACGACAUCCAGGCAGACCAUGUGGUCAAGAUCAUAGCAUUCGCAGUGCUGUGUGUUGCAGGUACAGGGAAGACGACCACGCUGGUGAAGUAUGCCGAGCAGCGGCCAGAUCUCCGUUUUCUGUACGUGGCCUUCAACAAGUCAGUAGCCCGAGAGGCACAGUGUCGCUUCCCCCGCAACGUGGCGUGCAAGACGGUCCACUCGUUGGCGUACAGUGCCGUUGGCUGGAGGUACCGUCAGAAGCUGACGUUUAAUCUGAAGCCUUUCACCAUCAACUCUGUGCAGCCUGAGGGCCGCGGCGGCUUCGCCAAAGCCAAGGUGGUAUUCACCACCCUCAACACAUUCAUGGCGUCAACGGACCCGACCAUAACAACCAGACACGUCCCCAGCACGCGCGUAUCUAAGAAUGGCAUCCGGCAUUAUAUGGAGGAGGACGAGAAAAAGCUGUUUGUCCGCGAUGCACAAAAGAUCUGGAACAAAAUGCAGGACCUUGAGGAGACUAGGGAAGCUGCCUAUCACAUGACCCACGAUGGUUACCUAAAGUUAUGGCAACUCCAAAAUCCCCAUCUGUCUGAACAAUAUGAUGUCCUUUUCAUUGACGAGGCCCAGGACUGUACUCCAGCUAUAAUGGAUGUGAUGCUGUCUCAGCGCUGUGGGAAAAUCCUGGUUGGAGAUCCCCAUCAGCAGAUCUACACCUUCAAGGGAGCCGUGAAUGCCCUGCAUGCUGUUGGUCACACGCACAUCUAUUACUUGACGCAGAGCUUUCGUUUUGGUGCUGAGAUCGCUUAUGUCGGUGCCACCAUCCUCAAUGUGUGUAAGGGAGUCCAGAAAAUCCUCGUAGGAGGAAAGCAGAAAGGCGGUGUGUCUGAUGAGACCGCAGACGCGGUUGCAGAGGCCGUGAGAACUGGUGUGAGUCCUUGUCGGGGUAAGACGGCCAUCUUGUCCAGGUGCAACGUCUACGUGUUUAGCGAAGCUGUCCGACUGACCGACGCCAACCCGCAGUGCCGCAUCCACUUUGUGGGAGAUAUCAAAAAUAUUGGCUUGACUAGGAUCAUGGACAUCUGGCAGCUGAUGCGCAUGACGCAGGAACACAACCAAGCAAAUCAACAACAUCAGCCACUGCCCAAAUUCAAGGAUCCUUUCAUUCGAUUCUUCGCCAAGAAAAACGAGAACGCCUUCUGGGCCCUGAAGAAGUACAUCACUCAGACUGAGGACUUGGAGCUGUCCGCUAAAUUCAGCAUUGUAGAAAAAUACGGUAGGCGCAUCCCUGAACUCGUAGCGCGGCUGGAAAGGUGUGCCGAAAGCAACUUUCACAAAGCAGAUUUCAUAGUCGGAACCGUUCACAAAGCGAAAGGCUUGGAGUUCGAAACGGUGAUGGUCACGGAUGACUUUGCCAAGGUCCCUUCUGCCAGACACAACUUGGAUCACUUUAACUUUUCAUUUGACAGGAUUCCUGAUGAUGAGUGGAACCUUCUGUAUGUGGCCGUGACGCGUGCCAAGACUUCACUGAUUAUCACUAGGAACAUCCGCCACAUUCUCACAAUAGCUGGGGAGUAUUUCUUGAAGUCGCAGAUGCCCGUCUCGCUGGCGAAUAGGAACGAGCCUGUCCCGUGCUGCAUCCCGGACUGUCCCAACUGCGUCACCCCUGGCUCAGCCUUCAGCAUGUGCAAGCAACGGAUUAAAUGCACGGACGGCGUGUCAGAGGGCGGCCCGCUGUGCGAAAGGUGCGUGUGGACGCGCAUCGGGCCCACAGCUUUUCUCAUGACGGACGACGUGCUCUCCAUGGCCGCGAUGCCCCGAAGGAUUGACGCGCACCUCUUCAACGCAAUGCUCUUGGGGAUUCUCUGAAUGAGCCUUUGUGUGCGUUAGCCAGUCAUGAUGCACAGUGCACCUGACACUCAGAAUCAGAGUGAAACCCAGCUUUAUUUGAAUGUUUUUUUUUUUUACUCGAAACAUUUGCCUGGUUUCAAGUUCCUGGGUUUGUUUUUGUAUGUGUUAAUUUUUCCAAAGAAGAGAAAAGGAAAAAUA